CCCACGUCUGCGUGACAGUUGUCGCGGGGAGGGGAGGGCGAGCUAGGCGAGGGGGAGGGAGCGUAAAUAGAGCGAAGGCGGCGCGGCGGCCCUGCCACCUCCGGGGCCACCCGCGAGGAGGCCCGCAGGGAGAUGGAAGAAGAUGAGCAAGAGCAGCGGCGCAGGAAGGUGGAGGCCGGGAGAGCGAAGCUUGCUCACUUCCGACAGAGAAAAACAAAAGGUGACUGUGUGCAUUCGAAGAAAAAGACGGCGAAGAGGAAGGGCUCGGCUGUCGAUGCGCCUGUCCAGAAGGAGAGUCCGGUAGCUGCCGAGGGUGGACUCCAGGGAGGAGGGGAUGUUUGCAAAAGCACAUCGUGGGGUGGCACCCCUAAUGGGGCAAGAGUGGUUCAGCUGGAAGACCCCGAUGGAGAGAGGACAGGGGACAUGGAGCAGCCGCAGCGGGCACUGGAUGGUGACGGUCUGGAACAGCCUGGGGUCAUCACAAAGCCGGUCCCCUCCCUGGAGCUGGAGGCGCUGCGCCUGAGCCUGAGCCACAUGCACACGGCGCAGCUGGAACUGACGCAGGCCAACCUCCAGAAGGAGAAGGAGACGGCGCUGACGGAGCUGCGGGAGAUGCUCAACGGCCGGCAUGCGCAGGAGCUGGCCCUGCUGCAGAGCAGGCAGCAGCUGGAGCUGCAGCUUGUCAGGGAGCAGCACGCCCGCGAGCUGGAGGAGGUGGCGCUGCGCUGCAGCCAGGAGACAGCUGAGCUGAAGGAGAAGUUGCAAAUAGAAGUGGAGAAAAAUGUCCAGAUGAUGGAGACCCUGAAGCAAGACUGGGAAUCUGAGAGAGAUUUAUGCUUAGAAAACCUAUGCAAAGAAUUAUCUGGAAAGCAUCAGUUGGAAUUGGAGAAUUUACAAAACCAGUUUAAGAAAGAAUUGGCGGAACAGAAAGCUGAGUUGGAGAAGAUGUUUCAGGCCAAAAAUGAGGCUGAAUCUUCCCUUAAGACUCUGGAGGCUCAACAUGAAGCAGCCUUGAGAAGGCUACACGAGGACCUGCGGUCUGAGCGCUGCCAGUACUUAGAAGACUUGGAACUGAAAUUCAAAGAAAAGGAAAAAGAAAAACAGCUAGAGUUAGAGACUCUUCAAGCGUCGUAUGAAGAGCUGAAGGCUCAGUCGCAGGAAGAUAUCAGGCGCCUGUGGUCCCAGCUUGAGUCUGUGAGAACCAACACACGGGAGCCGGGUGAGUUAAAUGAGCAGCCCCUGGCUCGAGCAUCUCACCUGAAAGAAUUAGAACACCUAAAGCGAGCCGUUGAGGAGCAGCAGCAGCGAGAGAGAACGGAGCAUGAAUCCGAACUAGAACAAUUGAGAAUUUAUUUUGAAAAGAAAUUAAGGAAUGCUGAAAAAAAUUACCAAGAAGACCUGACUUUAUUACAGCAACGGCUGCAGAAGGUGAAGGAAGACUCUCUUCUGGAGUCUGCGGAAAUCAGUUCAUCCAGUGCAUUUUUAGAAGAGCCAUCUGAAAAAGACAGAAGAGACCAACUUGAUCAACUCGGCCUUCAACUGGAACAACAUGAGGAGAGCCUGUGUCUGGACACACCAUUAGAAGAAGACCACCGGGGCCGAGUCACAGCAGUGAAGUCCUCUCCAGAAGUCCAGCAGGAGGCGGAACUCACAGGGGCCCGGGUGUUGGAAAGGGAGCAGCAUGCAGGGCUCUCGGAAGAGUCUGGCCAAGAGCGUGCUCGGGUCUGUCUCAGGUAUGCGCAGGACACAGCCUUGGAGGUGGAGACGGAGGUGGCAGCCAGAGUCUUGAGUUUGGAAACCGAGCACAAGGUUAAACUCUCACUUCUUCAAACAGAGCUCAAGGAAGAAAUUGACCUCUUAAAAAUAGAAAAUAGAAAUUUGCAGGAGAAGUUGCAGUAUGAAACUCGCCUGAAAGAGGACUUGGAGAAAGUAAAGCAUAAUUUAGUUGAAGAUCACCAGGAAGAACUGAAGAAAGCUAAGGAGAAGAUUCAGCUAAUGCAACAAGAAUUCAAAGAAAGAGAAGCAGAGUGGAAAGUUACAAAUGAGGACCUAAAGAGAAAAGCUGAAGAGAAGUUAACACUGAUGCUCCUUGACCUGAGAGAACAGGCGGAGUCUGAGAAGCGGUCACUAAUAAACAAGUUUGAGCUUCGAGAAAUCACAAUGAGACAACUUCAGGACCAGCAGGCGGCCCAGAUCCUGGGCCUGGAGGGGUCCCUGAUGGAGCAGCAGGGCCGCCUGCGGCAGCUGGAGCUCGGGCUUGCAGGGGACGAGUCUCUGCAGUGCAGCCAGUGCGGCCGGGAGCCAGGCGGUGGUCUAGCCCCCACAGACCAGGACCGGGAGCUCGCCACGCUCCGCCUGAAAGAGGACUGUGCCUUCCAGCUAAUGUUGGCCCAGAACAGGUUUUUAGAAGAACGUAAAGAAAUCACAGAGAAAUUCACUGCGGAACAAGAUGCCGUCCUGCAGGAGGCCCAAGAGAAGCAUGCUAGCGAGCUCCAGCUCCUCCAGGAGAGACACCAGCAGCACGUUCUGUCCUUGACGACGGAGCUCCAGACCAAACACCAGUCUGAGAUUGAUGAACUGAAGGCUUCAUUCGAGAAUGAACGGUGGGCUCUUUCAGAAGCUCGUGUAGCUGAAUUGCAGACAAAACAUGCUGCUGAAAUCAGUACUUUGGAGAUGAGACAUUUGUCAAAUCUGGAUUCUUUGGAAUCUUGUUACCUGUCUGAAAUUCAGGCCAUACGGGAUGAGCAUAGGCGGGCCCUAGAGCUGUUGCGAGUCGACCUUGAGGGACAACUGCAGAAAAAGGAUUCUUCUCACCAAAUGAUUUUGGCUCAGGAGUUAGAGAAACUUAAACUGAAACAUGCCGAAGAGCUUCAGUCUGCCAAGGACAGCCUGAGAAUUGAAAUGAGCACUCAACAUGUGGAAAGUCGGAAAGCCCUGGCCGCUGAGCUUCAGGGGGCACAGGGUGAAUUUGAAAGUGAAAAGAAAGCUGCUUUGCAUGAAAAAGAGGAGAUACACAGACUUGAGUGUGAGCAAGCUCAGCGUUUCUACCAAAAGGAGAAAGAGUCUUUGUCUCUUCAGCUUCAGGAGAAGAGUAACCAGAUCCUGCAGCUGAGAGACCAAAUUUUAACCCUAAGCCGUGAGAUAGAAGAGCACCGUUCUGCCCUGGCACAGUUACAGCAACGGCGCGAGAGGGAGAACCAGGAGGGCACGCGCCUCAUCUCCAUGCUCAAGUCCGACAUCGACCUGGCACACACGGAAAGGAGAGCUCUGCGGGAUGCCCUGAGGAGGCUGCUGGGUUUGUUUGGAGAGACGCUGAAGGCUGCCAUCUCCCUGAGGAGCCGGAUCGGUGAGCGCGUGGGGCUCUGUCUCGAAGACGAGAGCCCACCCGACAUGCAGCUGGUGGGCCAGGCCCCAUCUGCAGCACCAGCACUUGAUGAGACGUGGCCUGGGUCUGAUGCGGCCCUGCCAGAACUGGACGGAACUUUGCCAGAAUGCGCUGAGAUGUCUUCAGUGGCUGAAAUUAGCAGUCACGUCUGUGAAAGCUUUUUUAUGAGCCCAGAAAGUACGCUGGAAUGUGAGCAGCCAAUUAGGAGAAUCUACCGGAGCCUUGGCCUGGCAGUGGACGGCCUCCUGGAAAUGGCCCUGAACUCCAGCAGGCAGCUAGAGGAAGCACGUCAGAUUCAUUCUCGUUUUGAGAAGGAAUUUAGCUGUAAGAAUGAGGAGACACUACAGGUCGUUAGAAAGCACCAGGAGUUACUGGAGCGCCUGGAGGAGGAAAAUGCGGCCAAGACGCGGCUGAUGCUGGAGCUGCACAAGGCGGAGGGCGUCAUCGAGGGGUUCAAGGUGGAGAAGGCCAGCCUGCAGGAGGCGCUGGGCCGGAAGGAGGCAUCCGAGCAGGGGCUCGUUGUCGAGCUGGAGAGCCUGAAACAGCAGCUCCAGCGGGUAACCCAGCAGCAGGCAGAGCUGAAGGAGGAAAACUCCACCCUGUGGAGCCAAAAGGAGGCCUUGGCUGCAGGAGCUGAAGAGAGAGAAGCUGCUCUUCGGAGGGAAGUGGAAUAUCUAGCCAAGGAGCAGUCGGAGACCAGGAAACAGUCUGAAAAAGACCGCUCAGCUCUGCUGUCCCAGAUGAAGGUGUUAGAGGCUGAACUGGAGGAGCAGCUCUCUCGGCAUCAGGCGUGCGCCGGGCAGGCCGCGGAGCUCUCCGCCCUGCGGCAGCAGAUGGAGUCUCUGGACAAGCACUUGCGUAGCCAGCGGCAGUUCAUGGAUGAGCAGGCCGUCGAGAGGGAGCAGGAGCGCGAGGACUUCCAACAGGAGAUUCAGAGGCUGGAGGAGCAGCUCCGACAGGCGGCCAGGCCGCAGCCCUGGGGCCCCCGCGACAGCCAUCGGGCACAGCUGGAUGAGGAGGUUGAAUUGUUACAAGAAAAAUUGAGAGAAAAGUCAGAUGGACUUAAUGAAUUGGUUAUAAAGAAAGAACUGGCAGAUAGACAAGUAUUGAUCCAGGAAGAGGAAAUUAAACAUCUCGAGGAAAUGAAUGCCAACACCAGAAGGAAAGUGAUCCAGCUCCAAGAAGAACUGGAAAAGCAGAGAAAAACUGUGAAAGAGUUACAGCAAGAUAAAGAGGCAUUACAGGAACAGCAGAUGAGUAACUUGCUUCUGGUGUCCACACUGCAGUCUAAACUAGAUGAGGGCAAAUGCCCCGUGCCUCCUGUGGACAGCCGUCCCAAGGGCCCAGAAGUCCAGUUAGAGGCGGUGCAGAGGGCACUCCUGCAGCGUGAGAGCGAGAUUCUGAACUUAAAAGAACAAUUAGAAAAGAUUAAAGAUGACUUAGUAAGUAAAAACGAAGAAGUACUACAUCUGACCUUAAAAUUAGAUAUGCAGAACAACCAUAGUGCCGUCAGUGUCAGAGAACUUCAGGAGGAGAAUGCCAGUUUGAAGGCAUUUCUGCAGAACAAAGAAAGGGAGAUAAAGUGUGUGAGUGAGCAGCUCGAGGCGCAGCUGGCUGGGAUGGGAAGCAGCGCUCUCAGUGAGGUUAUGGAUAACAGAAGUUCUGAAAUCGAGGAGCUGAAAUCCAUUAUUGAGAACCUGCAGGAGAAUCAAGAACGAUUGCAGAAGGAUAAAGCAGAAGAAAUUGAACAACUCCAUGAAGUCAUUGAGAAGCUGCAGAGCGAGCUCUCCCUUGGGGGCCCCGUGGCGCGUGAAGUCAGUGACUGUCACGCUGAAGACCUGCAGAGUGAGCUGGAUCGCGGGCUGCGCUGCCUCCAGGCGGAGGGAGCGGGGGCCCACGCAGCUCUGGAGGGCGAGCUCCAAGCUGCACUCGCUGCCAAGGAGGCCCUGAGCCAGCUGCUUGCUGAGCAGGAGUGCAGGCAUGGCCAGGCCCUGGAGGCGCUGCAGCAGCACCUGCGGGGUGCGGAGGAGGCUGCCGCAAGGCAGCUGGCAGAGCUGAGGCACAGCACGGCCCUCAGGGAGGCCGAGGUCCAGACCAUGGCCUCCCAGAUCCAAGAGUUUGAAGCUGCUCUCAAAGCAAAGGAAGUGAAGAUUGCAGAGAGAGAUUUGGAAAUUGAGGCCAUGAACAGACAGAAAUCUACCUACUCCACCGAGCUGGAGACCAUCCUGUCGGCCUUCACCCGCUUUCGCUGCGCCCUGGAGCAGCAGCCCCUGGCUGCCGCGGGCGAGCCCCCUGAGCUGCAGCGGCUCCGAGCCCAGUGUGUCCGCCUCAGCCGCCAGCUGCACGCACUGAACCAGCGGUUCCUGAGGUGCCAGAAGGAGCUGGACAAGCAGCAGGUGCACGGGGCGCUCCUGCACCCUCGUGUGGAGGGCUGCUCCCAGGGACGGGGCCCCUGGAGUGAAGAGGCCUCCUGUGAUGAAGAGUCAAAAGAGGAUGUGGGCAGCAGGCAGCUGACCACAGCCCCCCAGGUCCAUGGCGGUGACCCACAGAGUCCAGUUAAGGAUGAUUUGCAGCCUGCUAAAGCCCUGGAGAUGUUAAACCACACAGGUCUCCACAAACAAGACAGCGUGGUGUCGGUGCUCACGGCCUGCCAGAGGCAGCUGGAGUCUGAGCUGCUCUUGGUGAAGAAGGAAAUGCGCUUGCGUGCGGGGGACCAUGGCACAGUGUCGGGAAGAGCGAAGGAUAAGAAAAAACUACUGGAAGGAUGUCAGCUGCAGCGAGUUGAUCUCAUAACUCAGGUGAAGCAACUUCAAGAAAAAUUGAACCGUCUGGUACAUUCUAUGCACUUCCCAAACAUCGAGGCAGAGGACUUUAAAUCUCAACAGCCAUUGGCAUUUUCACAUGUUCUUGAAAAUAGUUCAAGUGAUAGUUCCAAAAACAGUGAAGAAACUGACAAAUCGCCUCCUAUUGAUGCAUUGAAUAUUGAUAAAACCACAUGGGAUCUAAUUGACGUUAUUGGAAAUCAAGAUUCCUUGCUAAGAAAUGAAUUGCCAGAUGUUCCCUUGGAAGAUAAGGGUGAUUUGCAGGAUGGGUCACUUUCUUUACAAGCGAGCUUGCACAGUAGCUCACGUGACCUAACCCACACCGAGGGGGCGGAGCCCUUGAAGAACGUGCUCAGUGCGAUGGACCUGUCCUCCUGGAGCUCCCCUGAGGUCAUCAGGAAGGACUCGACCCUCGAGCCCCCACCUAGCCUUCCCCUGACGCCCUGCUCCGAUGCCCUGAGCCGGCUCAGCCUGGAUGCCUCCCUGCGGGACAGGACAAGCGCCUCACUGCUCCAGGCUGACCAGUCAGGGCUGCUUUGUUACCCGGGCAGGUCAGCAGCAGGAAAGGCUCCUAGGUGGGCAGAGUCUCCAUUGACUACGGACAGGGCUCCCUCCCCUGACCACCAAGUGCAGCGGAUGGCUGUGGAGAAAGAUGUUGAAGACUUUAUCAUAACGUCUCUUGAUGCUCAAGAAAAGUCCAGAUCAUCUCCUCUUGGAUUAGAAGGAAGAAGCGAUGGAAGUGAGAACAGUGAUGGCUCAGGGUUUGGCGAGAUACUAAACCAAGGUUUGGGAAGACUCAAAACUCCCACUACUAGUCCUGCAGCUCCUCCUCUCACCUCUAGAAGGUUCCGACGGCCCCUGGAAGCCAUGAAGGAAGUCCACCCAAAGCAAGUGAAGGCCUUGCUGCAGAGGGUGUGUGAUGAGAGCUACCACAUACUGGCCUUGUCUGAGUACCGCGGACCCCCCAGCACCCCCCUCGAGCACUUCCCAGGGGAAGGCCAGGGCCAGUUGGAGGCAGUGCCAGCUCUGAGGGGGCAUCCGACGCCAGCACCCCAAAAGCGAGAAAAGGAACCUCCCGACGUGUGCCUCGACUGGAGAGGAGAAUUUCUGCAGGUUGUCCAGGAGGCCUUUGAAAAAGAACGGAAGAUGCUGAAGGUUGAACUGCAGCCCCAACCCUGUGGCUCUGACCCCAGCGACUACAGCUCCCUAUUGGAGAGGCUGGAGAGGGUGGUCCAAGAGCAGGAAGACCUGCAGGAGAAGUCCCUGGAGCACCUUCGCCUGUCCGACAGGAGCAGCUUGCUGUCGGAGAUCCAGGCUCUGCGCGCCCAGCUGCGCAUGACGCACCUGCAGAACCAGGAGAAGCUGCAGCAGCUGUGCGCGGCACUAACCAGCGCGGAGGCCCGCGGGAGCCGCCAGGAGCACCAGCUGCGCAGACAGGUUGAGUUACUGGCGUAUAAGGUGGAGCAGGAGAAAUGUAUAGCAAGCGACCUACAGAAAACCCUGAACGAAGAGCAGGACAAAGCAAACGCUGUUCGGAAGCUCCUGGUGGUGGAACAGAAUGCCGUCAGAGAUUUGAAAUCUGAGCUAUGUGAGUGUAAGCAGGACAACGAGCGGCUAUUAGCAUCCCUCAAUGAUGUGCAGAAGGAGGUCCUGCAGCUGAGGUCCGUGCUGGACAGUAAGGAGAAUGACCUGAAGGCCGCACUCCAGGAGCUGGAGAGCGAGCGCGUGAAGGAGCGCGCCCUGCAGAGCCAGCUGGAGGAGGAGCAGCUGCAGCACCUGCAGAGGGAGGGCCAGAGCUCCAAGACCCUGGAGGAGUUAAGAAUAUCUUUGGAGAAGCAGUAUGCUCAGAGUAAUCGACUGUGUGUCGCAUUAAAACACGAGCAAACAGCAAAGGACAAUCUUCAGAAGGAGCUGCAGAUCGAGUCCUCACGCUGUGAGGCGCUGCUGGCGCAGGAGCGGAGCCAGCUCUCUGAGCUGCAGAAGAGCCUGGAGGCUGAGAAGGGACGCUCGCUGGAGCUGUCUGAGGCCUUACACCACGAGCGCCUCCUGACGGAGCAGCUGAGCCGGAGGACGCAGGAGGCCUGUGCUCACCAGGAGACACGGGUGCACCACGCUUUGCUGCGGAAGCUGAAGGACGAGAAGUCCCGUGUGGGGGAGUUGCAGGCCACGCUGGAGAAGGUGCAGCAGCAAGCUGUGCGCUCUCAGCGACAACUGGAGGCCGAGGUUCAGAAGCGCUGUGAGGAGCUCAAGAAAGAGAAGGAGGUAAGUGCCACGCUGAAGUCCACCGUGGAGGCCCUGCAGACCCCAAACCCAGAGCUGAGACCUUACCUGGAGAGAGAGGGGGAGCAGCCCGCAUGGCUACAGACAGAGUUAGAGCAGUUACACACGGGACUGGCAGAGCAAGAAGGACAUGAGGACACAAGGAGAGCGGAGACGAGGCAGAGCCGAGCAGACGUGGAGAAGUGGAAGAAGUGGCAGAGAGACAAGGAGAAACUGCGAGAACUAGAGUUACAGCGCCAGCGGGAUGAGCACAAGAUCAUGCAGCUGCAGCAGACGGUCAGGGAGCUGGAGGUGAAGGAGGCGGCGCACCUCUGCCCCGAGUCCCAGCGUCUGCGAGAGCAGCAGCAGGGCCUGGAGAAGGUUCGGCGGCAGCUGCUCUGGGCUGCUGGGCUUCUGACCAGCUUCCUCAGCCAGACCGUGGACAGGACAAUUAAUGAUUGGACGGCAUCAAAUGAGAAAGCAGUGACAUCUUUAUUGCGUACGUUAGAUGAACUCAAGUCCGAAUUGAGCACGUCCAGCUCCUCCCAGAAAAAAAUGACAGCAGAGCUACAGAUCCAACUGGUGGACGUCUUGCUGAAAGACAACGACUCCCUUACGAAAGCUCUCGGUGCAGUGACGCAGGAGAAGGCGGAGCUGUGCAGGGCUGUGUCCCAGCUGGAAAAGACCCUGAAGCACCACCUGCUGAAGGGCUGUGCGCUGAGGAGGUCAGACAGGUCAGCAUGGAAGCAAGACAGGAUGGUCCUGCAGAGCUCACCACAACACCCAGACCCAGGACUGCCCACGCCGGCUGCAAGCGAGGAAGCAAAAGUCUCCAACAUCAAAAUGGAAAAAUUGUACUUGCAUUAUUUGAGAGCAGAGAGCUUUAGAAAAGCUCUGAUUUAUCAAAAGAAGUAUCUUUUACUGUUGAUUGGUGGAUUCCAGGACUCUGAACAAGAAACACUCUCCAUGAUUGCUCAUUUGGGAGUAUUUCCUUCCAAAGCAGAUAAGAAAGUUACUGCAUCCCGUCCUUUUACAAAGUUUCGAACUGCGGUCAGGGUGGUGAUUGCAAUAUUCAGGUUACGUUUUUUGGUUAAGAAAUGGCAAGAAGUAGAUCGGAAGGGAGCUCUGGUGCGAGGCAGAGCGCCCCAGCCAGUGAUUCUGGGGGAAGGAUUCCUGGGGUCACAGCAGCAGCAGUCUCCACCUGAAACCAGUGAAUCCCCAACCCGGGACAUGUCUUCCAGCCACGCCAAGGACCCUGUGCCAAAAGCCUCACCUCGCAGGAGGGAAAGAUCCAACCUAUCUCCAAAUUCAAGAUCAGAAAGAUCCCUGACUGCUUCUGAAGAUCCGGAACAUUCCUUGACGGAAUAUAUUCACCAUUUAGAAAUGAUCCAGCAAAGGCUAGGGGGGAUACCACCAGAUUCCACUUCAAAGAAAUCCUGCCGCCAGAAGAUUAAACAAUGAAUAAAAUCCUCGUGGCUCUUACCUGUGACAAUUCUAUUUGAGGAAAAGAUUUGUUUUUCCUGUUGCUAAGAAAAGCUUGUUGUGUGGCAUGGUGUUCUGAGCGAUGCCCAGUCCCCUCAUGUGCCUGAGAUGCCAGCCCCUGAAUGCCAUUAAUUGCAUUGCUGCAAAGCCAAAUGGAGUCUUUUCUAUGUAAUUUCAGUACAUUUUAGCUCCUUACCUUCAUGAGGUGGCGUGUGUGCUCCAGAGUGUCAGGCAUCUGUGCAUGUUGGCAGAGCCACCUGUCUGCCUCCAAGAGAGGUAAGCAGAGAAUGGCUUCUUGUGGUUUAUUUUCUGAAAUUGUACAGAUGGAAACUUGGUUUAAAAACAAAAAGAAUGAAAUUAAAGUACUGUUUUAUUUGUGAACA